AUGCUGUCCACUGCGUGCAUGUUGUGCUCUUCUCCAGUAGAAAACUCUACACACCUUUUCUUUUUCUGCCCUUCCAAAUCCCGUGUUUGGAGCAUCAUUUUGGCUCGUCAUGCACCCGAAUUGGAUGCACAUUGUACUGGUAGCUGUCACUGCGCACGCAAUUUUGCGCGCUCACUGCAACUUCGUCUUCAAAGAGUUCCCUUUACUGGCCAGCGUGGUAGCGGCGAAAGCUUCGAGUGUGGUGUCACGAAAUCUUGCAAGGAGGAUCAGGUUAUCCCUAUCCUCACACCCGAUAUACUUUUUCACUUUUAA